AUGGCUACAUUAAGUAGCCUAGUCUACUACUGGUGCCGUCAGAAGGAUGAGGGCCACAAAGUACAGUGUUUGGACGAACUGAAGCAUGGCAGCGUGUAGGAUGCAGCCAGGAAGCAGUUCAAAACGCUGGAUGAGCUGGUAGUUUUUGCUCUCUGGAGACAAACUGAUGAGAAUUGCACAAUUAAUGGCUUUAUCAUUGGAUAUGUUUUGGCUCCUCCAGUUGGAAUAAGGAUACCAAAGUGUACUCUGAGAAGCUUGGAAAAUGUUUUAUCCACGGUGAAAGAGAAAGUGCGUCUCCACACUUGCUGUGUAACAGCAGGCUGUAAAUAUGCCAAACAAGCUUUUGCUCACACAGGCUUUAGAGAGGACCUUGAGCACACAGCCAGGGGCCGUGAAAAAAAAGACUCAGCCAAGCCGGAGAGAACCAAACAACAGAGGCAGGUGUCCAGGAACCCGGUUCUCUUCUCAACAGGGGUUGGACAGGGGGAAGCAAAGGGAGUGGACAGGAGUGCAGGCGGCGUGUUCAAUGCACAAAACAAAAGAAGUGAGAUGGAGGGAGCGGAUGGAGUACCAGAAGACAGCCAGUUGAAGGUGGACCUGACGAUUGAUCUGGUUGAGGCCAAGACAGUCGAUGAGGAGGAGGAGAGUUGCUGUGCGAGUCCCUGCAAGGCCUCCCUCCAUGAUUCAGACGGCUUGUGUCUGCAGAGGUCAUUGUCUGCAGGUUCCAGGAAGGAUGUGCUCAGAAACGAUGUGGAUGAGGUCGAGGACAUGAGGAGCCCACCGGAGAGAGAACAGAUGUCACAUGCCUCUUGCACCACGCUCAGGGAUGUGCCCCCUGACACAUGCUUCACCUCGGAGAGGAGGGCCGGACAGGACAAGCUGGAGCCGGGGCGUUUGCUGCGGUUGCUAAGUUCAGUCAUGCUGGUAAACUAUGCCAAGACCAUGCGAAAAGGAGGUGAGGAAGUGAGAGCAUCUGAUAAGUGCGUCCCGGUGCCGCAUGAGCAGCAUUACAUCAUCCCGUCCUUCCCGGCACGAUGA